AUGAUGGAGCAAGGAGGUGGAGAUUGAGCGAGCAGGAGCCAGGCUUUUUGAUGCCCUCUGUGGACACCAGGUGGCAGCAGCAGCAGCAGCCCGAAGAGUCGCGCUGCCCCGGGUCAGAGCGAGGGGUCUCGUGUUUGUGUCUGCGAGACUCGAAGGGGACCUGGGACACUUCGGGGACCUUGGUAGUCCAGGGGACCAUGUCGGCCUUCAGUAGCGACACGAGCGAGGCGCUGCUCCGAGGCGGCAAGGGGGGGCAGGCGGCGGCUCUGGCGCCUCCGACGGCCCCGGACGAGCUGCGCGGCGUGUUCGAGGUGGAGCGCAGCGCGGCCUUCGUGCGACUCCACAGCCUGCGCACGGUGGCGCUGCAGUUCCCCGACGCGAUGUUGGGCGACGCGGCGCGGGUGGCGUGGGCGCUGGAGGAGGAGAGCGGCGCGCUCUGCUUCGUCCUCGGCGACUCCACCUACGGCAGCUGCUGCGUGGACGAGGUGGCGGCCCAGCACGCCGGGGCAGAGGGCCUCAUCCACUAUGGCCACGCCUGCCUCAGCCCCGCGCGCCUCCUCCCCGUGCUGCGCGUGUUUGGCCGCCGGGAGUGCGACGCGUCGCGGUGCCUCGCGGCGUUCCGCGGCGUCUUCCCGUCCACGGCGCAGCGGGUGGUGGUGCUGGCCGACGUGCAGUACGAGCACGCCCUGGAUGAUCUGGAGAACAUCCUUGGUCCAGAGUACCCUCAUGUGCGGUUCGCUCGAGUUGAGUCUCAACCUGCGGAUCAAACCCCAGAAGACGUGCCGCCGGCUGAGGACCCGUGUCGCACGGACGGCACCGAGCGUGCAUUUGGCCGCCUGCUGCUGGUGGAAGCUGGCUCUCGGCUGGUGGAUUACAGCGUUUUCUACAUUGGCAGGGAGAGCAUCACCCUGACUAAUUUUAUGAUGAGCUGGAGCAAUUGUGAGUUUUUUACGUACGACCCAGAGAGCGGAGAAAGCCAGAGGGCUUCGGCCAGCACAAGCCGCCUGGUGAAGCGGAGGUACUACCUGGUGGAGCGGGCAAGAGACGCCGGCUUCGUCGGGAUUUUGGUGGGCACCCUGGGCGUCGUUGGAUUUUUGGAAAUCAUCGAGCAGCUUAAGCGUGCGUUGGCACGCGCUGGUAAGCGCUGGCAGGUGUUCGUCGUGGGCAAGCCCAACCCCGCCAAGCUCGCCAACUUUCCAGAGAUAGACGUGUUCGUUCUGGUCGCGUGCCCCGAGAACUCGUUGCUGGACGGCGCGGAGUUUUACCAGCCGAUAGUGACACCCUUUGAAAUGGAGGUGGCCUGCAACCGGCAGCGCCCGUGGACUGGAAGCUUCGUCUCAGACUUCAGGGAGCUGCUCCCAGGUUACCCACAUCACGUGCCACUGCCAGAAUCGCAAGAGGAGGAGGAGGGAACGGAGGGAGACGUGUCUCUAAUCACUGGAGCAAUAAGGUGUCAAUCGCGGGGGGUAGAGAACCCCACGGACAUGGGACCCACCGAUGCCCUGCUCGUCCGAGGUCACAACCUGCAAGUGGCGCCCAGCCAAUCGGCAGCUGGUUACCUGGCUGCCCGUGACUGGCAGGGCCUGGACCCGCGUCUUGGUCAGACGCGCGUGUCGCGUGUACAGCAGGGGCGCCGGGGUGUCGCCAUCGCGUACGAAGACGAACACAAGAGCGCGGCGACGUAGCAGCACGCGCCACGAUGAGGCGGUGCCCGCUAUGGCUUGACAGCGUGCACCACGAUGUAGCGGCGUGCACCACGACAUGGCAGCGUGCACCACGAUGUAGCGGCGUGCACCACGACACGGCGGCGGGUGCCACGACUACAUGAGACACACCCUGCCGUCGCCGCACGACAACGUCAAAUGCGCCACUGCCUUGGAAAGCAACAUUUUACACAUCCCAUCAGCGACGCGGCCUGCUGGAAGGGCAUAAUGCAUAUGCAUAAAAGCGUACUUUUAUUUUGCAUGCGGAGGGGUGGAUUUGUGAAGACGGUGUAUAGUCUGCUCUCUUGUAGCUGAAAUGUUUAUAAAAUAUUGCAGGGUUGAUGCAAUGGCAGUAAACAUAAUCGAUUAUUGUUUUUUAAUCGUGCAACUCUUCUUCUUCCUAGCGUUGUUCCCGCUGUGGCGCAGGGUCCGCUUUUCGGCAUUGUCUUCUCCAUUUGGCUCGGUCCAGGGCAUCUUCAGGGGAUGCGUUAACCGUCUUCAUGUCUUCCUUUAUUCGGUCCAUCCAUCGCUUCUUCGGACGUCCGCGUGGACGGCGGCCCUCUGACUCAAUACGCACAGCAGUCUUGGCCACUGAUGACUCUUCAUUUCGCAUCACAUGGCCGUACCACCAAAGCCUUGCCUCAAGCAUCUUGUCCGCAAUGGGGGCCACACCAAGUCGCUUCCGAACGUCUUCGUUCCUGACACGAUCCCAUCGAGUGAGCCCGAGGCUCCAUCUGAGCAUUUUUUAAUCGUGCAACUAAAUCGCCUAAUUAAACAUGUUUUCAAAGAUUAAACUUUUGUAAUUUUGCGUGGAAUAAAGCGAUGCCAAACACCAAGCUAAUGUGCGAUGUACUUUUGAGGCAGUCCUGUAUAAAUUGUACAUUAAAAAGUAAGAUCCCUUACAUACCCGUCCGAUUAUGUUCUAGAAAAACAACCCAAAUCUAUUUAUGCUAAAUAUGCAUUUUAAUUUAACGAAAAUAUACAUGUAAAUAUUGGUAUUCAUUUUACAUUCUAUAAAAAUGGCAUAUAUUUGCAAAUUUUGGUAAGUUAUUGAUGAACGGUAUUCCACUUAAAAUUUAGAUUGGACCUCCCCUAGAUCCACUCAGCCUUAGAUGAGUGCCUGAUGCAUGGUGUGUAAACAUGGCCUUCAUAGAUGCUUGCUGACCAUACUUGCCUCGACAGCCUGUGUACACACAUGCGCUGAUUUCAUUGCUUGAACUUCCUGGUGGACUUUUCCUGGGAUGCUUUCCAUUCCCUGGCCCAAGCCCACUUACAGAAAAGAGAAGUGUUACUGUCUCUAUGCCUCUUUGUUUCUGUCUUCGUGUCGACGUCAUUAUGUCUGUUCUGUGCCUGUAUCGUUUGCAUCUCUGUACUGUAUGUGUCUGUCACGGGCGAGCCUACCAUAAACCUGGGACUCGCAGCUUCUCAUA